CAAACGUGGCUGGCACAUUCCAAAACACUCUUUUUCAGCACCGAAUCGCAAGCAUGUUCCGUGUUUGUGAGUGCAACUAAGCGAAAUAAAUUCAAAUAACUCGCAAAGUUUGAGUUUAUUAUUUCCGAAAGUGUGCUGAAACCGAAGAAGAAAAUUAGAUUCUAACAUCCGUUCCGGAAACACAGACCGUUCAAAAUGGUCAAGCGAAAUCACAAGUACCAAUCCGGCGAGGGUGCCCAAUAUAUGACCCGAAAGGCCGCGAUGCGCAAGCUGCAGCUCUCGAUGCAGGAUUUCCGCCGGCUGUGCAUUCUGAAGGGAAUUUACCCACGGGAACCGAAGCACCGAGUUAUUGCCCAGCGUGGAAGCACGGACAUCAAGAUUCUGUACCACCGGAAGGACAUUACGUUCCUGCUGCACGAACCCAUUGUGUGGACAUUGCGAGAUCGGAAGAUUUUCAACAGACGCAUCGCCCAUGCUCGUGCAAAGGGAAACAAUUUGCUGAAGAACGUUCGGAUGGCAAACUAUCCGGAGAUUAAGCUGGAUCACAUUAUUAAGGAACGGUUUCCGACGUUUAUCGAUGCGAUUAAGGAACUGGACGAUUGCAUGACUCUGCUGUUCCUGUUCAGUACGUUUCCGGCCAUGAAGGUUGUCACGAGAGAAAUCACCAGUCUGGCCAGAAGGCUGACGAUUGAAUUUAUGCAUUACGUGAUUGCGUCCAAGGCCCUGAGGAAAGUUUUCGUUUCGAUCAAGGGAUACUACUUCCAGGCGGAAAUCAAGGGGGAAUUGGUGACCUGGAUCGUUCCGCAUUACUAUCCGUUCCAGCCGCAGAGGAAGGAAUAUGUCGAUUUCAAGAUCAUGAAAUCAUUUGCUGACUUCUUUACAGUGAUGGCCGGCUUUGUGAACUAUCGCCUCUACAAUUCGAUCAAUAUGGUCUAUCCGCCCCAGUUCACCGUAUCCAUCGAUUCCGAGGAAAGUAGAAACAAUGAGGAAACUUUCGUUUCUGAGCGUAUUGCUGCGCUGAACAUGGAUUUGUUGAGAUCCGAUCGCCAAGGAACUGAGGAAGAAGAUGAAGAAAUUGACUUGAAGCUGCUUGAUAACGAUAAAGACUCGGAACAGGUUCGCAAAAUGCACGAAGAAGCACUGAGUUUGAGCAAAUUGAAGAAUCUGUUCAAAGGCUUGAAGUUCUUCAUCAAUCGCGAAGUGCCAAGAGAACCAUUGGUGUUCAUCAUUCGCUGCUUCGGAGGUAAAGUGUCCUGGGACAAACAUCUUUUUGUCGGAUCCACUUUUGACGAGACAGAUGAAUCCAUCACCCAUCAGAUUGUGGAUCGGCCAAGUUUGACCAAACAGUACAUUUCCCGGGAUUACGUUCAGCCUCAGUGGAUCUUCGACAGCGUAAACCAGAGAAAACUCCUCCCCACAAACAAAUACUUCAUCGGUGCCGUUCUGCCUCCUCAUCUGUCGCCGUUCAAUCGAGAUGACGCCAUUUACGUUCCUCCAGAAGAAGCGGCCAUGCAGGCCGGCGAUGAAUUUGAGAAGCAGGAACGCGCCGAAGGCAUUUCCGACGAUGAAGACGAAGACUUCGGAAUGGAAGAAGCUCGCAAGCAGGUUCAACUGGACUACGCUUUGGUCAAAGCAUUCAGAGAGGAGAAGGCCGAAGCUUUGAACAGCGGUGAAGCGAAGAAGGAACAAGCAGAGGAAGACAACGAAGACGACGACCAAGAACCGGACCAGGAAGAGACCAAGAAGCAACGGUCGGAGAAGAAGCAGAAGAUGGCCGUGGUCAGUGGUCGGGUGUUCAAGGAGAACCCCAAGGAGCAGAAGCAACUAACUAAGCAGGAGGAAGCCCUGCGAGCGAAAAUGGUGAAAUCCAGACACAAGAAGCUGUACCGAAACCUGCUGGACAAACAGAAGAAGGCCACCAAGGAAGCGAAUUUGCUGCGCGAGAAGCGGCAACAGAUCGACAAGCAAAAGCGGAAGGAGCAGACGCAGAAGAGGAAGGCACAGAGGAAGGAGAUUCUAGCUUAGGCGGUCGAUUGAUGGUGUUUAAAAAGUGUUUGUUAGCGAGUAAGGUAAGAUUCGGAUUAUUCAGUUUCUGUGAAUAAAAUAAUUAUAACAUUAAAAAAUU